UAGAUGAGACGGGAAGCGCUUGAGAAAAGCUUUCUCAGCCGCUAAUCGUCGUUAUUUGUUAUAAUAAUUAUAAUUAAAGUCUCAUUCUAUGGAGCAGAGGGCAGCCGGGAGACCAAAAGGAGCGAGCAAAGCGGCCGCCGCCCAGCCGGCUGUGACGGACGCUCCAGCCCAGCCCGCUUCAGGCCCCAAGGGACGAGGACGGAGACAGGACAGCGGGGAAACCCAAACCCAGCGCCCCGUCAAAGCCAAGGCGCCGCUCUCGAAGGAAAGAAGCGGAUCCCGGGAAGCGGGGGAAGAAGGGGCUCCUAGAGGGAGAAAAGCUUCUCCAAAGAAGGGCGCCCUCAAAACCGAGGAAUGUGGCCCGGCUGGGGGAAGCAACAACCCCCCAGGGGUCAAAGGAGCUUCGCAGAAAAAGCGGGAGCGUCCCCUCCAGGCGAAGAAGGUAGAAGAUGCCCCGGGAGCCGUUUCCCGGGAGAAAAACCACAUCCCCGAAGAGGAAGAAGCCGCCCGGGAGAGGAAAGAAGCCAGCUGCCGCGGGAAACGAGCGCCCCCGAAGGAGCGCGCCCGCAAGGCAAAGGAGCCGGACCCAGGGGCAGCAGAGGUUGUCCCCAGAGCGCGAUUCGCUGCCCGGAAGAGCCCGCUGAGAGAAGUGUUGCAAAGGCUCGUCUUGCGCAAGGGAGAGAUCGGGCAUGCCUCCAAGCAGGUUAACUUGGUGAGAGACCUUUUGAUAGAUGCGAUCAAAAAGAAAUUGUGCGUCCCGUAUGCAGAAAAACUAGGCACCGGUAGCUACUACGAGCACCUCAAGAUAAUUAAACCAGAUGAAUUUGAUAUUAUGCUUAAAAUCCCAGAUGUAAGAGUUGAGCUGGAGUCCUAUAAUGAUGGUGAUUACACAGGUGCUUAUUAUUUUGUAAAAUUGAAAAGGAAUCCUCACUUACAGCAACUAAAUGACUUCAUAGACCAUCAGCAACAUCUUUCAGCUUCCAGGAUCCUUUCGUCCUUGAAGUCCAUUAUUACAAAAGAACUAAAGACUAUAAAUGGAAUGAAUGUAACUGUGGUGAGGAAAAAACCUGGAAGCCCUGCAGUUACUCUUCAGAUUGGUGAACCACCUUCACAGAUAUCGAUAGAUAUCAUUCUUGCUUUGGAAACAUGUGAUAAAACCUUGCCUGACGGUCAAGAGAUUGUAAUUAAUGUUGGACAAUGGCUUGGGAAAAAAGAAAAAAAAGAAUUAUGCAAGGAGCGACUGUAUCUUGUGCCCAAGAAUGCCAAAGCUGGAAAACAUUUUAUAGACACAUGGAGACUCUCUUUUUCACAUAUUGAGAAAGCUAUAAUCCAGAGUCACGGCCAAGCAAAGAUGUGCUGUGAAGGCAAUGGAAGAAAAUGCUGCAGGAGAGAAUGCCUUAAGCUUCUGAAAUAUCUUCUGGAGCAGCUUAAAACAAAACAUCAGAAUGGAAAUCAGUUUGCCAAGUUCUGUUCUUACCAUGCCAAAACUGCCUUUUUCCACACAUGUAACAGGUGGACCAGUGAUGAAGACUGGCUUGAAACAAAUCUUGAAGAGUGCUUUGAAAGACUUUUGGAUUACUUUCUAGAUUGUCUCAAAAAAGUUGAGCUCCAACAUUUUUUUAUUCCUACCUGCAAUUUGUUCUGUGGUGAUUUGAAGUGUAGCAUUCUUGCAAAGAUAAUUGAAAAUGAACGAGCCAAUGAAUUUCCAAUAUUCAAAGAAACGAUCUAAAUUCAUAAAAGGAUAUAAACCAAACUGGAAACUAUUUCUUUUGAACUUAAGCUUUAUAAACAGUAACCAACAAAACAAGUAGAGACCCAUAAAGAUUUGUAGCACGGUGAGGGGCUACAGCAGCAGGAAGGACGCUUUCUAUUCCCCUCUUUGUCUCUUCUACUCCUCUCUUCAUUUCUCACCCUCACUGUUUUGGGGCUGAGAACAAAGCCCAUUUCCUUCUGCUCUGGCACCACUGGACACAUAAUUGUGCUUCAGGGUUUUUUUGAGAGUCCCAGAAGCCACUGUACUAGUAGCCCCCAUGAAGCUAAGAAAUUUAGGUCUUUAGCAGGUUCCAGCCUAAAUAAAUGAAUCGAGAUGGCUUAGCAAUCUCCGGGUAGGGGUGGGGGAAUACAGUACCCACUACCGAAACUGCAAUACUGGAGCCAUUUCAGGGUUCAGUAGAGCAAAGGGGCCACAAUGACAUAAGCUGUGGCUUCUCUCAAGCAGUUUCCCAAAAACUACUUCAUGAGGGGUCCAUCAGCGUACUAUUGCCUGUUCAUUCUGCUAUGAACUAGGCUACCCACUAGACUAUACUUUAAUAGGAUGGACUCAAUUUAUUUUCAGUGCACAAAAUCCAUACUAGGCUUCAAUCAGUUGAACACUGAUGGCUCCCACACUUCCCCAUAGCUUCUGGACUAUGCAAUAUGGUUACCAAUUUGUUUGCUCCUCAGACCAAAUUGCUGUUAUUUCUCUGGCUUCUGGACUCCGGCUUUAACGUACAGACAUUUUUAAAAGACUUAGCUCUUUUAUGAAGUAGAUAUGCCUGUCUCCCUUGCUAGUUGUUAUUUAAAUUCAGGUUUUCUUUUUAUUUUCUUACUGAUCUGUGUUUAAAUUGAUUUACUGCAAGGUGGUAUGGGCAUUUAAAAAAUAAAAUGAGAGUAACACUGUUGUUUACAUUUGA